AUGGAGAUUGUCUCGAGUGCAGUAUCAGAGCAAGUACUUAAGCCUACAUUUUGCCUAGAAGUGCAUGAGCCUCUCACGACCACAUCCUUCCUACCUCUACCCCAAGCCAACCACUCGAUCACCAAAACCCAGGCCUCCUCCGCCCUAUCUUUUCAAUCUCGCCUAUCGUUCCAGAAAGACCAGAAACAUUAUUGCAGAAGAGUGUCGUUUGACAAUGCUGCAGACCAGCGAAAAUCAGAGCAGACCUUUACUCUAUCAUUCACAACCGAACGUUUUUCGCCCAGCCAUCGAUCACGGUGCUUUUUAUUGCCGAUUGAUCUGGACGUAGGCACGACCGAUGCAAUUCAGUAUGCUAUGGAGGCAAGCUAUCAAUCAUCAACCGGCCAAUUGGACAGACCAAUAAGCGAGAGAAUAUACACCCCUCCAAAAAAAAUAGCCCAGGAUAUUCGAGUGACUAUCGAACUUCAUUUCGGACGGCCAGAAACGUCACUUAUCCAUAUGGCUGCAAUGUAUGAGCCAUCUGUAAUAGUGCUUGGGACCAGAAAUCGUCCUAGACAGAAAACACCUUUUUCGGGAGCUGGUGUGUUCAAGUACAGUUUACGCCAGGUGCGUAUACCGGUAAUUGUGGUGCGAGACAGUCAGGACAGGAUGAAAGAAACCGAGAGUCAGGUUCAAUCGAUUGCAUCUUUUCAUUUCUUACAAUUCUUAUCCCCACGCCGACUACUGAAGCAAUUGAGACAGCAGGUGCAUGCCUUUCAUAAUACAACUCCUUUAGCCUAA